AUGAAUAGCCAACGGUGGGUAUUCACGUCACCGGGCGGAGAGGAUGAGUACAAGAAACCUUCAGUUACGCAGAAAAAUUACGACGCGGUCAUCGAGGCACUGGCGCGAGAGAAAUCCGCCGAGACCGAGAACGGUAGGUGGCCGCCUAUGCCGACUAUAGUGUUUAUACAAUUUGUUUAGAAAUCUAUGCAUUUUUCUUGUUUAACGCUUGACCAAUUUUUCGGUUAGUAAAAAUCGAUCAAAUCGUUCACAUCGUAUAUCUUAAAAAAUGUUGAUUUUACACCCAGUGCUGGUAUUUUUGUCAACAUAUUUGUCUAGAUUUCCAAUAGGUUUUUUUUGGACAAAAGUUUAUAACAUUGGAAAAAGUCCAUCCGUGUGUUUCUCGGCAAGCUAGAUUGUCAAUCAGAUGAACAAUCUGAGAGAUUUCGAUGUUCCUCAUCAAAUUUGAUUAAUAUGAUUACUAAUUAGAUUGCUUUUCGAUGCAUUGGAUCAUCAAUCAACAGAAUAGUCGGUUUGAUAGACGACGGAAAUGAGUUACCAAAAUUGUAUAUGAUAUGGGUUAUCAACAUUUAGCCAUAACGUUUUUUUUCGUUUUACAUUUUAAUAUGUUCAUUAAAUUGAAUACCAAUAUUAUAAUCGAAUUUAAUAUACCUUAUAUAAAACAUAUAUUAUCAGGUUAACAUCUAUUAUCAAAUAAUUGUUUACAUCACAUGAUAGACCAUUCUGCGUUUUAAUAUAAAUCGGUGUUCCCUAACAUUCAAUCAGAUGAACAAUUGGGUGUUUCAUCUGAUUGAUAAUCGAGGUUAUCGAAGAACACACGGUAUGUCACGUAGAGAUCUGCAAUUUAAUACAGUCAUCUGGAAGUCAGGUUUUUAAAUUAUUUCAAUAAUUCAAUAAUUGGUAUUUGGUUUUUAUUGUUUGUAUGUAUAUUUUCAUUAUUACUAAAGAAAGGAAAAGACGCGAGUUCGAAAAUUUGAUGUGGCAACGAAUGACUGACAGUGUCAAAGUUUCGGAGUCGAACAAAAGCCAACAACAGCAAAAUUUCGACAAACUGAAAAAGCUCAACUGCAGCAGUAGCACGUAUAGAGAGUCGUUUGUCAUAAAUGGAUUUGAAGUGAAGGAAUUGGGCUCCGAAAUCAAUGAAAAAGUUGGUUACUAA